AUGGAGGAUGAGUUGUUUGCUCUACAGAAAACGAGUACUUGGGAGUUGGUUCCUUUACCUGUUGGUAAGAAUCUAGCUAAGUAUGCUAACGAGGUUAUCCAUCGUGCCAGACUUACUGACACUAAGCUGUCUGAUACCCCCAUUGAACUUAAUGUAAAGCUCAACACUACUGAUGGGAUUCCUCUAGAUGAUCCUACGUUAUAUCGCGAGCUUGUGGGUUGCUUAGUCUAUCUGACAGUUACUCGUCCUGAUCUUGCCUAUGCUGUCCAUGUGAUUAAUCAGUUUGUUUCUGCCCCUCGCUCUACACAUUGGGCUGCUUUGCUUCGGAUUCUUCGUUAUCUUCGCAGUACUAUCUUUCAGGGCUUGCUGUUCUCUUCUACUUCUUUCUUAGACUUGGUGGCUUAUGCUGAUGCUGAUUGGGCUGGUGAUGUUAAUGAUCGUAAAUCUACUUCUGGUUUCUGGUUAGGAAUUAGUGGUACUCUAUAUAAAUGA